UAAAAAGGGUAGCACAACACAGCAGCAUUAUUCAGUUUUAUUCAAAACAAAACAAGAAAAUCAACUAAACAACAAAAUGGCCAAAUUCAUCAUUGUUUUGUGCGCUUUCAUUGCCUGUGCUGCCGCUAAACCCGGUGUUGUAGCUCCUUUGGCUUAUACUGCUCCCGUUGCUGCUCCUUUAGCUUACUCUGCUCCUUUGGCCUAUACUGCCCCUGUUGCUGCUUAUGCUGCCGCCCCUGUAGCUUACGCUAAUGCUCAUUUGGAUGCCGCUUAUGCCAGCAGCCGUGUUGACAUUAAGCAAAACUACAAUGCUGCUGUAGUUCCCGCCACCUAUGCUGCCGCCGCUGCUGUCCCCGUUGCCACUCCUUUCGCUGCUCCCGUAGCCCCCGUUGCUCCUGUAGCUCCUCUUAAAUACACCGCUGCCCCCGUUUUGUUGUUUAAGUCUGAAAUCAGCAUUAGAAAACAAAAAUUCGUUAAGAAUAAACCCAACAUCUUCAACAUGUUCAAAUUUGCCGUUGUUAUCUUUGCCUUCAUUGCCUGUGCUGCUGCCCAGCCUGGUUUGUUGUCCGCUCCUUUGGCUUACUCUGCUCCUGCUGCUGUUGUUGCAGCUCCCGCCGGUGUUGUUACCGCCACUAGCAGUCAAUUUGUUGCCCGUAACCACAAUGGCAUUGUCUCCACCCCAGUUGUUGCUCCAGUAGCCGCCCCUGUUGUUGCCAAGACCUUUGCUGCUCCUUUGGCUUACUCUGCUCCAGUUGUAGCUAAAUAUGCUGCUCCUUUGGCUUACUCUGCACCUUUGUCCUACGCUGCUGCUCCAGUUUUGCUGUAAAUUUUCCAAAAUUUUUUGGCCAGAAAAGGAUGUGCGAUUUGAAGACUGUUAUUAAAUAAAGCUAAAUUAUUUUAAAUAUUAAAAA